CCCAGGGGUGCUUACCUAAUCUGCAUGUCACGCCUGCCCAGUUGCUUCAUCAAUGCGCAGUGAAUCUUCCGUCGCCCUUCGACUUCCUCUCACACCCUCCGUCUUUCUUCUUUUCUUCCUUUUCCCCUCAUCUCCUCCCUCCAUCUCCUUCUUUAAUCCUCCAUAAUCCUUCGUUUCUCUUUUUUGUCCCCUCCUUCCCUCGAUGGCUUCUCCUCGUCCGCAUAACUUCGGUGCCCAAGGCUAUCCCCUCUCGAACGGUGCGACCCCGUCCGGUCCGGCGCCCGGAGCUGUGCCACUCCUCCCCAAUAACGGCAGAAUGAUUCAGAGUGGACCAACUCGGAUCUUGUGUAUUGCGGACGUGCGAGGAAAUCUGAAGUCUCUGAAUGAUCUGGCGAAGCAAGCUCGCGCCGACCACAUCAUCCACACCGGUGAUUUUGGUUUCUACGAUGAUACCUCGUUGGAGCGCAUUGCAGACAAGACCCUUAAGCAUGUCGCCCAAUAUUCCCCCCUCCUCCCCGAGAAUGUGAAGCGCACAAUUGCACAGGUGCCGCCUCAGCAGUCGAUUAAGCAGCGUUUCACUCCAGACCAGCUACCCCUCUCCGAGCUGCCGAUGCUCCUCGACAAGCGCAUCACCCUUGACGUUCCUGUCUACACAGUUUGGGGUGCUUGCGAGGAUGUUCGGGUCUUGGAGAAAUUCCGCUCGGGUGAGUACAAAGUGAACAAUCUGCACAUCAUCGACGAGGCCAACUCUCGGCUGCUGGACAUUGGUGGUGUCAAGCUGCGUCUGCUCGGACUGGGUGGUGCGGUGGUCAUGCAUAAGCUGUUCGACAAUGGUGAGGGAAAGACGACGAUUGCCGGUGGCCAGGGUACCAUGUGGACUACACUGCUGCAGAUGGGUGAGCUCAUCGACACGGCCAACCGAGUCUACGACCCAUCGGAGACUCGUGUUUUCGUUACCCACGCCUCACCCGCCCGUGAAGGGAUGCUGAACCAGCUCUCCGUCACCCUGAAGGCCGAUUUCUCCAUCUCCGCUGGUCUGCACUUCCGGUACGGAUCUUCCUACAACGAGUUCUCCGUCAACCCUUCGCUCGAUCACUAUCGCGGUAAGCUUGCUGCCUCAAAGGCAUCUUUCACCGAUGUUUGGGAGACCGUGCGGGGUGAGGUAGAGUCGGCCAUCUCCUCCAACGAGGCUCAGAAGACCUUGCUGGACAACGCUUUGGAUGUGGUGCAGAAGAUGCCUUCUAUUGCUAAUGGCGGCAACCCCUUCGGCGGCCCCGUUGCCGCUGGAAAUGCUGCCGGUCAGGUAGACGAGAGCGCCUUCAAGAACAUGUGGAAUUUCAACCUUGCGGAUGCGGCCUUUGGAUACCUGGUCCUGGAAAUUGAGGGUGGCCGUAUUGCGACUGAAAUGCGUGCCCAGGGCUUCAACUUCGCCCACCGCAGCGGCAAGCCUGCGCCUGGUGGUGCUCAGCCCAUUCCCAGUGCUUUGCCAGCUACUACCGCCUCUCCCGCCCCUACGGGUGCUGGUGGUCGUCCUGCGGCCUCCACCCCUCAGUUCGGUCAAGCUCCCCCUGUUCUCGGCGGUGCCGCCGCUGGUCAGCAACAGGGUCAGGCCAAGGCUCAGCCUGCUCGUGCCUCUCCCGCUCCCGUCAUUCCCAAGGUUGCGAGCCCGCAGCCCCCCACCACCACCUCUGCUCAGCCCGCCGGCGAGGAGAAGGUCGCUGGUGCGGAUGCUAACGGCACGAUUCAACAGGAGAAGACUGGCGAGUCUCUCGCCCCUCGUGGCGAGAAGAAGCCCAGCAACGGGCUCUUCGUUUCCAAUGUCGAUAGUGAACAGAAAGUUCGUGAGCUACUCCCUGAAGAGGAUCAGGCCAAGGCUCUCAAGAUUGAGAAGUAUGGCAAGUUCAACUACGUCGUGACCUUCCCGACAGUUGAGGACGCCAAGGCUGCCCUCGACCGUCAGCCCAUUGAUCACAAGAAGCCGACCACCGGUUCCGGUCCUCGCAAGCCUAACUUCAAGUUCUUUGAGGAACGCCCCCGCGGCCAGGGCAAUGCCGGCACCUGGGGAAGCAGCACCCGAGGCGGCGCUACUGCCGGACAGCGCGGCUACCAGAGCGCCAGUGACAGCGAGGGAGCUCGUCGGGGUGGAUUUGGCGGCCGUGGCCGUGGCCGUGGUGAUCGAGGUCGCGGUGGCCGUGGCGGUCGUGGCGGCAGCUUCAAGAGUGGUUCGACUGACUCCCCUGCGCCAUCAACUCCCUCUGGCGACAAGCCUACCCCCUCCGGCGGUGACUAGUAGUCACUGGAAUUUUCACCCGGCCUUUUUUUCUUCGACUAUCGCUCUUUGGAGUUGUCGAGGAUGCUCGACCAUCGUCCUCGUCUACACCCUUUCCCUCGUCAUCUCGAUUCUUUCUAUGCCACAACAUUCCCCAUUUUCUCGCGUCAUCUUCUCAUUCCCCUGUGUCUUUAUUGACCCUCUUGGAUCAUUUUCGAAAUUCCCCCUGUCCUUUUUACCUACCCCCGUUCCGUUUUUAGCAAGAUGGCGCUUUCAAGCUGUGUUCUGACUCGUUCAUAUUCCUCCCGUAACGUCUACCGGAAUGGAUGAGUUGGCGCUUGGCAACACAGAAUACGUGAUCGACUCGAAUGAGUCUUGAGGAUUGCGUUUGGUUUUGACAGAGAGAAUGGAAGACGCAAGCAAAACAAAAAUAAUGCCAAAAAAACGUUUACCAUCUGCCCAUUUCCCCGAUGUUUCUUGCCCCGUUUUUCUUUGUACUUUACUAUUAUCCCUCUUCUCUCUAGAAGAAACAUCGAUACCCUUACAGCUUCGGUUUGAGACGGGCAAUUUAAGUAGCUUAGAUUGUACUUCCAAUGGCAGACCAAAUGCCAACGUACCAAGAUUGACGUAUGCG